UCAACAAUGGAAAAGAGGAGAGUAGAAAGAAAAUUUAUGUUUGUGUGGGUCACUGGUCUGUCCUGACUGGUAGGGGCAGUGUUGAAGUGAUGCGGUUAUGACCACUGGGUUAUGUGCUCUGCACCCUCAGAAAAAUACAUAUGGAUGCAAAUGGUGUGACUGCAAAAAGAAAUCCUAAUUUUGGCAUUAAUGCUUGGGAUGAAGGGGUGUCCACGUUCUAUUCACAAGUUCAUGUCACUGCUUCCUGUGAGACACAAACCCAGUUCCAUUCCUGGACCUGGUCCUGCCCUUCUCUCCACAUCCUCUGAUAGCCAGCAUCAAACAAUCAAAGAUCCAGGAGGGCAAGGAGCUGUGAAACUUGCUUUUUCCUCAUAUGAGGACACAAGAUGGAGUCUGUCCCCAUCAGAACAGAAAGCACCAGUGAUCAUCAUGCAUGGCCUUCUGGGAUCAAGAUCCAAUUGGAACUCCUUGGCAAAGAUGAUUCAUCGUAGGACCAAGAGAAAAAUUAUCACAGUGGAUGCAAGAAACCAUGGUGAGAGUCCCCACACAGAAGAGAUGACAUAUGAAGCAAUGGCCAGAGAUGUUGAAUGCCUCAUGGAUGAUCUAGGGAUCAACCAGGCUUCGCUGGUGGGCCACAGCAUGGGUGGUCGUGCCAUGAUGGCCCUUGCCCUCACAAAGCCCAAGCUCUUGGAGAGCCUGUUUGUGGUGGAUGUAUCCCCACUGAGUCAGAGAACCUCCACGCUUUUGGCCAUCCCCAAGUUCCUGGAAACAAUGCAGAACAUCCACAUAGAAAAUCACAAUUCCCUGGCCCUUGCUAGAAAGGAGGCCGACAGGCAACUUGCGAGUGUAGCUCCUGACCCAAUGAUUCGGUCCUUCCUCCUGACGAAUCUGGUCAUCGAGGAUGGGGCGGUGAGGUGGCGGGUGAACUUGAACACUCUGAUCAGGACCUUCAUGCCCCACUUGGCUUCCUUCCCUAAGUUCACUUCUACAUUUGAUGGGCCCACUUAUUUCAUUGGUGGGACCAACUCAGACUACCUCAGGAGGGAGGACCACGAGGGGAUCCGAGAGCUUUUCCCGAAUGCAGAAUUCCAUUACGUGGAAGGUGCUGGCCAUUGGGUCCACUCUGACAAGCCACAAGACUUCCUCGACCUCAUCUGCCCCCUCUUGCAAGGACGGUCUUAUAUCCCACCAAAACCUAGUCAUUAAACUGUGAUAACCUAUGACUC